ACUAAGCAGAAGUAGAGUUCUGCGGUUUGAUUGGCUCCUCAGCGGAGUUCAGGGGGUCUGCAGUUGUUUUUCUUUUUCUUUCUUUCCUAAAACGGCAGACUGAUUGAGGUUACAGUUAAUUCUUUCAGGUCCAGUUGCUAAAGCUUCUGUGAUCUGUUCAUUUUACAUGCCCUUAAUAGUGUCAGUAUCCAGCGCGCUGUGGACACGUGCUAAGACUGAUGGUCUUUAAUGGUUUGUCGGGGAAUAAUGGAAAAAGAGUGCUGUGACUUUAGCCUGAUCUACUGUAAAUUGGAGCAGCAAAAGAUCCAGCUCUGAUCAACAGUUCCACACCUCUGUACUCAGACUGCUCUGCUGGAGGAGCUCCAUCAGCUCACCUGCUGCAGAAAUGAAUGCUGUUCCAAGCCGUCUCCUCCUCCUAGUUUCAACUUUCCUGCCUGGGUGAAGUUUAGCUAUACAAAUACGCAGUCAGUAUAUGCUGAAAGAGGUGAACAACAUGGCAUCAAUAGAAAUCUCCAAUACUCAGCGACCAUCCUCUCCUACACCUCCCAAGCAAAUGCAGGAAAGUCCAGGCAAAAAGAAAACCCUCCUCUGCUCAGAGUGUGGGAAGAGUUUUAUUGACCAGAGUCAUCUGCUUCGACACCAGCGCAUUCACACUGGAGAGAAGCCAUAUCACUGCUUAGAGUGUGGCAAAAGUUUUAAAGAACAGAGUGUUUUACAGCGACACCAGCGCAUUCACACUGGGGAGAGACCGUAUCACUGCUCAGACUGUGGAAAGAGUUUUGCUACAGGGAGUACUCUUCUAGCACACCAGCGCAUUCACACAGGAGAGAAGCCGUAUCUGUGCUCAGACUGUGGGAGGAGUUUUACUCAGCAGAGUAACCUCCUAGUACACCAGCGUGUUCACACGGGAGAGAAACCUUAUUAUUGCUCAGACUGCGGGAGGAGUUUUAAUUAUCAGAAUGCUCUCCAACAGCACCAGCUUAUUCACACAGGAGAUAAACCGUAUGAGUGCUUCGAGUGUGGAAAGAGUUUUACUCAAAAGAGUAAUCUCCUCCGACACCAGCUUAUUCACACAGGAGGGAAACCGUAUUACUGCUCAGACUGUGGGAAGAACUUCAGGCAUUCAGAGACAUUUAAGAGACACAAGUGUCUUAACAACAGUCACACGAAUAGGCAGUGAUGCACCCAAAAACUAUUGCAGAUCCAAAGUGUUCCAAUAGGUGUCUUGUUUAUUGAGGAUUUUAUAUAGACAAACAUAUUAGCAGUAUGCCAUCGCCCACUGUAGUAUAUCAACAGGUUUCUCUACUCUGUGUCUCAUUUGUUUUAAUGCAAGUGUAGAGUCUUAAGCCCUAUCCGGACGGGAUUAGUUUCUCAGGCGGACAUCUGUGAAAAAUAUUUCACACUUCUACUCAGUAGUUCAGUUUCCACUCGCUGUUGUGUUUACGCGGAUCUCUGUGGAAAUGUGCGCCCAAUAUCUAAUUAUGGUGUGUGGCAGUGGACAAAUAGCUAUUUUAUUAAACGUGAGGUGAAAAAACUUAGAGAUGUGCGUCCGGAUGAGACUGAAAUUGCUGGAGGACAACGGAGUUCAGUAAAAAACAGCAGAGGAGGUCUGAGAAAAACACAUACAUGGUUGUUCCGGACGGGAAUAAAAUCACAGAGGACCCCCAUAAAUAAAAAAAAUUACCUCAGGACCCCCUGAGAAACUAAUCCCAUCCGGAUAGGGCUUUACACAAUCAGGACAUUUUUUCUGAAUUUAUGCAUUUAAUGCUUCCGCACUUAUCAGGUGUUAUUUCAAGUAUUUAAGCGGUGUUGUCAGUAAAAUUGGGUUUGGUCACAGAUCAUACAUCUUAAUUUACUUUCACUAUAAGUGUAAUUCUCCCACACCUGAGAUGUGGAUCUCUUUCUUGAGUCAUGAUGUUUAAUAAAUGAGAUGAUCUUA